AGAAAAAACUUUAUUAUCAGCAUUGAAACUUAAGCUUCCUUUUACGAAACUCUGAACCCAAAAAACAAGCAUUUAAAGAACCUUCAUUUUCACUCUUUUUUCCUGCCACCCCAUUUGAAAAUCAUCUAAGUUUUACCCCUUUUUUUCCCUCUCCUUACUGUCAUCACUUUGAGUUUUUGCACUGUAUUUUCAUCUGUUAGUCCAUAAUUAACAUCAAUGGCUCAAUCUUUUGUCUCAUAUCUUAUUGAGAGAAUUGAAGGUGUGUUGAGAUUAAACAAAGUCAACCUUUUAUUUGGUUCCAAAAAAUGUGUUAAGGAACUUCAAAAAGAACUCAAGAAUAUGAAGCAGUUACUCAAAUAUGCUGAACAAAAACAAAAAGAAAACAAAAAAAUUCAAGAACUGAUAGAACAUAUUAGAAGGGUUGCCUUCAAUAUUGAUGAUGAAGUUGAAAGUUACGCGUUUAAGGUCGCGAAAAGCUGGAAAUUCUGUAACAAAGGAUCAGUUAUGGAACAGUAUAAGAGAACUUUUCAUGGUAAGCAAAAGAAUUUUCAGCUAAAGAUGGUAGAAUUUAAAGCUAAGGUGAAAUGGUUCUCAAUGAGCUUGGAAUAUUAUGGUGCAAAAAAGUCCAGUAAAAUUCCACACAUCAUGGCAGAGAAACUUCGGAGUAUUGUGAUUAAGUUUUCACAUCAAAAGGAGAAACAUGAUGGAGUUGCAAAGCAGAAUCUUAACUUGGGAUUAAUCAAAAUUUCAGUUUUCACAUCAAAAGGAGAAACAUGAUGGAGUUGCAAAACAUUCAUUCCUAAAUUUGAGCUUGGAAUUGAUUUAGGCACCAGCACUGGGAAGUCCAUUUUGGGUUGAGAAUUCUAAAACUAAAUUUUACUGACUUGGAGAUUAGUUUCUUGUUGUUUUGGGAAAAGUUUUUGAAGCCAAUUUGCAUUAGAGAAGUUUGGAAAAGUCCAACACAAUUUUAAUUUGACUGCCUAGUUUCUUUGGGUUCAAAAAUUGGUGUAUCUACUGAACCAUUGUGUAAAGUUAAAUUGCAAGACUAAUUAUGUUUUUUUCUGAGUUGAAAAUGAUCCUUCUAUUAAAAUCUGGUGGUAGCUACUGGUGUAAUCAGUUAAAUUUUGAACAAUUGAGAGAGGACGACUGCCUGUUGAAAUGGAUGAAGUGGAUCAGGCCACACAAGAUGCCCAAGAAGCCCCGGAAGAUGAUCUACACCAGCACGUUAUAGGCAAAAAGAAAUGAGAAUCACGACAUCGAGGAUUACUCUACUAUAAUGAGCAUCGUGGUUAAACUGUUAUAACUUUUUUUGUGCCAAUAUGCUAUUUGAAGAAGUGUAAAUGGACUAGUAGUAUAUCAAUAGUAAGAUGGAAGGGUGUAAAUAGACUAGUAUCUAAAUUCUGUUUUAUAUUUUUGAGCUUCUUACUUUAUAUAAUCAUGUUAAUCUAUUCAACUAUAUGUACAUAUAUAUAUAUAUAUAUAUGUCAGAUUUUUUCAA